AUGACCAAGAUUGCCAUUAACGGAUUUGGAAGAAUUGGCAGACUGGUGCUCAGAAUUGCCAUCUCCAGGCCCUCUAUCGAAGUCGUUGCCAUUAAUGACCCUUUCAUUGGAACGGACUAUGCCGCCUACAUGUUCAAAUACGAUUCCACUCAUGGCAAAUAUGAGGGCUCUGUUGCCAGUGAAGGCAACUAUUUGAUAAUCGACGGCAAGAGGAUCGCCGUGUACCAGGAAAAAGAUCCAGCUCAAUUGCCCUGGGACAAGCUCGGAGUUGAUAUUGCCGUGGAUUCCACUGGUGUCUUCAAAGAGUUGGACUCCGCCCACAAGCACAUCGAGGCUGGUGCCAAAAAAGUAGUGAUUACCGCACCGUCUUCUACUGCGCCAAUGUUUGUCAUGGGUGUAAACGACGAUCAGUACAAGGGCGAGGAGAUAGUGUCCAACGCUUCGUGUACCACCAACUGUUUGGCGCCCUUGGCUAAAGUGAUCAACGAUGAAUUUGGCAUAGAGGAAGGUUUGAUGACCACCGUUCAUUCGCUAACCGCGACACAAAAGACUGUCGACGGUCCAUCCCACAAAGAUUGGAGAGGCGGCAGGACCGCAUCUGGCAAUAUCAUUCCUUCAUCCACUGGUGCCGCCAAAGCCGUUGGUAAAGUUUUGCCUGUGCUUCAGGGCAAAUUGACUGGGAUGUCCAUCAGAGUACCAACCGUGGAUGUUUCCGUUGUGGAUCUUACUGUUAAAUUGCAGAAGGGAACGACUUACGAUGCUAUCAAAGCCGCCAUCAAGAAGCACUCAGGGGGCAAAUUGAAGGGUGUUCUUGGAUACACUGAGGACUCAGUGGUAUCUACCGAUUUUCUGGGCGACUCGCAUUCUUCGAUCUUCGACGCUUCAGCGGGCAUAAUGCUAUCGCCCAAAUUCGUGAAGUUGGUCUCCUGGUAUGAUAACGAAUACGGGUACUCUACCAGAGUUGUGGACUUGAUCGAACAUAUUGCCUAA